UUCUGCAACCACCACAAGUUGGCCACCAAGAAAACUCUUUCCCCACCUCCAUGCCUCUCCUUAAGCUUCAUCACCACCACCUACAAUUCCUCAAAAUCCCCAAACUUUUCCCUAUAUCCAAAACCAUCCCUCUUCAACACUCCAACUUUCUGUUGAACCCCAUUUACAACCCCAAACUUCCUCUCAAUUCUUUGUCCAAUGUCAACUGCAAAAUUGUCCAGUGUGUCUCAAGUGCCAAGGUCCCAAAAUGGAUGCGCAGAGAAGAAGAUGAAAGGGAUAAUUUUGAAUUGGAAUACUUAGCCCCAGAUGGGGAAGUUUAUCAGAAGACUCUUAGGCUGGUGGAAUGUGCUAUGUUUUCUGCUGUUUCUGGUUUAACUUAUCUCUUGAGCAAUUCUCUUGCUAUUGAGAACUAUUUCGGCUGUUUUUUCGCUUUGCCAAUUGUAUUGUCAUCAAUGAGAUGGGGUGUUUCUGCUGCAAGAAAAACGAUGGUAGGGACCUUCGUAUUGUUGUUCGUCUUGUCUGGUCCAGUGAAAGCAUUAACCUAUUUGCUAAUGCACGGUUUACUUGGUUUUGCAAUGGGCUCCAUGUGGAGGUCUAAAGCAAGUUGGGGCAUCUCAAUUUUCUGCUGUGCCGUUGUUCGAGCAAUGGGUGCUAUAGGGUAUGUCUUAAUAUCCUCCUUUUUAAUAGAAGAAAACAUACUAGCUUUGAUAACAGUAAAUAUACAUGCUUCUCUCACAUAUGUCUUCACAUCCGUGGGCCUUCAAUCAGCUCCAUCAAUGGACAUUAUAUACGCUAUUUUUGGGUCCUUGCUCUUGGUAAAUUGUACUUUCUUCGUGUUCUUGCUACAUCUUCUAUAUGCGGUGUUCUUCACCAAAUUUGGCAUGAAGUCAUCAUUGAGACUACCAAGGUGGCUAGAGACUGCAAUAUGAGCCCUUUUCUGGUUGUAAAGCCAGUUCAAAAUGAAUUGUACCUAAUUGAGGCAGGGAAUGCUUUCCCAUUACCAGAUCCUUCGGAUCCAGUUCAAGAAUCAAAGUUUCUUACCAGAUUACCUUAUCGGGGCACAGCUUGUCCCAUCAUUGCAAAGGAUGCUGAUUGCUAACAUCUCCCGACUAUUUCCAUAGUUAUAAAGAAUGCAGCCAUCUCUUGAUGGCGAAAACAAUAAUUGAUAGUUCUUUUCAGGCAUAGACUUCAUUUUGAAAUGAAAUUUGGCACUUGGUCUGCCUUUUC